CGGGCAUCGAUCAGUCCGCCGGGGCGGCCGGCACGAGCGCGCGUGUGAUGCGCUUCCGCUGACAUGGCCGGCGCUCGGGCGCUCGUGGCCGCCUGCGUCUGCUGGUGGUGGCUGACGACCGCAGCCGCCACCGAGCUAGAUCUGCUGGGCGCACUGUCGCUGCACAACACGUCGCGCGCCGGCGUGAGCGUCGCGCCGGGCGUGCAACCACCGGCCACCGCCUACGAGCUACAAGGCGAUUCCCGGUCGCUGCAAGUGGAAGGCAGCGCGUUCGAGCGCGCCGCGGAGCUGUUGCGGAGGUCACCGGAGUUCACGCUGCUGGCCUCUCUCAGACAGGAGCCUGCCAACUCUGGCACUAUCCUCUCUUUCUCACAUGGCUAUAAUAGGUACCUGGAGGUGCAGUCGAGCGGGCGGCGCGACGAGGUGCGGCUGCACUACGUGGCGGCGGGCGCGGCGGCGGCGCGCGUCGAGACGUUCCCGUUCCGGCUGGCGGACGGCGCCUGGCACCGGCUGGCGCUGGCCGUGUCCGGCGGCCAGGCCUCCUUGCUGGUCGACUGCCACGUGCUCUACCGCCGGCUCAUCCCGCCACCCGACCGCAACUUCACACAGCCGCAACUCGCUCUCUGGGUGGGACAGAGAAAUAGCAAGCAUUCUUUAUUUAAGGGUGCUCUUCAAGACGUGAGACUGGUGAGCGGCCCGCACGGCUACCUAGCGCAGUGUCCGGGCUUGGACUCGGAAUGUCCGACCUGCGGACAAUUUGCGCUGCUGCAGGCCACCGUGCAGGAGCUCACCACACAUAUCCAUGACCUUUCUCUCAAGUUGGUGGGAACUGAAGCCAGACUGGCGCGGUUGGAGCAGUGUGACUGCCAAAAGUCGUGCUACUCCAACGGCACCGUCCAUGCAGAUGGCGCCACUUGGCAACGAGACUGCAAUCGAUGCUCCUGCGUGCACGGAGAAAUAACGUGCAGGCCAGUUGAGUGUGAUAGAACAGACUGUAAAAAUCCAGUGCUACAUCCAGGGGAAUGUUGUCCUACCUGUUUGAGGCACUGCUUACUAAUGGGCAACCUGUACGAGCACGGCGAGCGCUUCGUGCCGAAGGAGUGCGCGGAGUGCGUCUGCCACGACGGGAACAUGCAGUGCACGCGCGUGGACCCCGACAGCGCGUGCCCGCCGCUGCCCUGCGACCCGCCCGACCAGUUCACCGUGCCCGGCGAGUGCUGCAAGUUCUGUCCAGGCGUGGACUACUGCAGCAUGGGGCACUCGUGUGACGAGAACGCCACCUGUAUGAAUCUCAACACCAAAUACACGUGUACCUGUAACCAGGGCUUCCGGGGCGACGGCCUCACUUGUCAAGAUGUGGACGAGUGUCAAGAGGCCGGCGGCAUCCACGGCCACCACUGCCACUCCAACACGCGCUGUGUCAACGUGGUCGGCAGCUACGUGUGUCAGUGUCUGCCCGGAUACGUGCGAAGGGACAAGUUCAACUGUGUCGAGGUGGACGAGUGCGCAAGCGCAGCGCACGGCUGCCACGAGCACGCGGAGUGCACGAAUACGCCCGGUUCGUACUCGUGCCGCUGCCGCGACGGGUACGCCGGUGACGGAUACAAUUGCGCACCGAUCUGCACGGGCGACUGCUUGAAUGGCGGCUCGUGCGCGGCGCCCGAGCGCUGUGAGUGUCCGCGCGGGUUCACAGGCGCGCGGUGCGAGCGAGACGUCGACGAGUGCGCUCUCGCUCCCCCCGUGACGUCACACGACUCCCCGCUCGCGCCGCCCGCACACCCCGCCGCGCAUGCGCCGUGCGUGCCGCGCGCGCUCUGCGUCAACACGCCCGGCUCUUACUACUGUGUGUGCGGAGAUGGCUAUAGGAGGGACCCGCACCAAGAUCACUGCGAAGAUGUGGACGAAUGUGCGGAAGGCUUCCACACGUGCCACCCGAGCGCUCGCUGUAUCAACAUCGACGGCGGCUUCCAAUGUGAAUGCGAAACACAGCCUUGCGAACUCAGUUGUUCGUGGCAAGGCAAGGUGAUGUCGGACGGCGCGCGCUGGGCGGAGGCGGGCGGCUGCCGGCGCUGCGCGUGCCGAGCCGGUGUCGCCUCCUGCGACCGCGCGCGUUGCGACUGCGACCCGCCAGACAACCGCACGCACACGUCGGUGAGUGAGGAGCCGGCGCCGGCGGCGUGCUGUCCGCACUGCGAGGCGCGCUACCACUGCCGGCACCAGGAAAUGCAGCACGUCAGCUUCCGCAGCGGCGAGCGCUGGCUCUACCAGUGCCAACUCUGCGAAUGUCUCUUAGGCGAGGUGGACUGCUGGGAGCCAGAGUGCUACGAGCCAGGCGGGGGGUGCUGCGCGGGCGGCGGCGGGUCGGGGGCGGGGGCGGGGGGCAGGCAGCUCGCGGGCUGCGAGCCGCCGCACUGCCGGGCCUGCCAGGGCGGGCAGUGUGCUACUUUGGUGAGCAAUCUCGCGUGUUGUGUGCAUCGAGCGCGCGGCACGGCGACGGCGCUGGCGCUGCUGGCGCUGUGGUGGGGGCGGGGCCGCGCGGCGCAUCGCAAGCAUCGCGGCGCGCGGCGCUAGAGCCGCCCUGAGCCCACACCGCGACCACACACCUAUUUAUUCUAGAUAGAUCUAAUGUUAACCAAUUGAGGCGGGCGCGCGACCCACUCGACGGCCUUAACUUAGCGAGCGGAGACCCGCGCCCGCUCGCGCUCCGCCUUGUGAUAUAUACGGGAGGGGUCGCGGGGAACUCGAUUCGUAUUUCGUUAUAGCAAUAUAUAGUAUUAACGCAUAGGUAGGUAGCUCGGCGACGCGCCGCCGGACGCGCGAGCGCCGCGGUCGGCGGUUCCAACGCCCGGCGCCUUUUCAAUUCGUGUUUUUGAUUUCGCGCGGCAUUUGUUCUACGAACUUAAGCAGCCUCAGUUUGCAACAUAAACCUCAUUUUCUCGAUAAUCUCGAUCGGUAUGAACUAAAUUCUUAGCUCGCAGUAUCAAUACUUAUAGGCGAAACUUUUAUUCAGUAAUGUUAUUACGGUUAUUAUAGUCGACCCUCAUAGAGUUCCUAUUAAUAAGACGCACAUUAAUGUCUCGUGAAAUCAAGACACCAUUUUGGCUCCGAUCCGACACGAGCAUAUCAUAGUGAGAGUUGUAUAGUGUCAAUUUACGAUGUGUUUGUGUGCGGCGCGUGAAUGUAUGGUUGGGCUCGUGUCGUGCGGAGCGCAGACGCACGCCCCGCGUAACGCCACGCCGCGUUCGCAGCUCCUAUACUUUGUACUCUUCCAAUUCUAAAUUUAACGAUAUGUCGCUUCAAUUUAUUAUACUUACUAGAUUCUUAACGGUAACUAUUUAGCUAUUGUUGUGAUUAUAAUAUUAUGUAAACAUGAGGAGACUGCGAGUGCACCGUGGAGUUAACAGGCGUGCGCGGCAAAGUUUGUGACAUUCCUUGCUGCGGAUCAGCCUCUGAACAUAGCCAGGGACUGUGCAUCUAGGUAGAAGUAUUCUUCUCUUAUAGCAACUGUAGCUAAAUCUUGAUAACACUUCUGGUUCUAAAUUCAAUUGCCCAAGUAUCAAAAUUACCUUUCUUGUAGGCUUUUCUUCGACAAUACCAAUGAUUGUCGUCAAAUUAAUUAUGUCAAUUAAUUUAUGUCAUUUUUACGACUUCGGAUAGAAGUGUGAGAAAUAUGUUAACGAGAACCAGAUAAGUACUAUAUUUUUUAGACCAUUUCCUCAUAUUAUAUUAGAAUCUUAUUUAUCGUACAAUAAAAUUAUUACAAACAAAUAUUGAUGAAAUGCAUAUAAUGAUGGACUUGUUAAGGCUCUGUUCAGAUGCACAAAUAAACUUGGCGAAGAUUACUUAUGUGCGCAGAGCGCGAUAGACGCAUGCGCCGCCGUGGGCGGGGCGCGGCGACGGCUUCUUCAAUUAUAUUAUUACGUAAUAUUUUAAUAAUAGCAAAUAGUCCUGUAAAUGAAUAGCGUAGAGCGCGCGCGCCGCCGUCGCCCCGCCUCGUGCCCUGUUGUACGAAUUUUUUUCAUAAUAUAUUUAUAGUUUUUGUUUGUCUUUAUAUAUAGAAAUCGUUUUCUUGUAUAAUUUAAAAAUAACCAAAAAUAGGUACCAAAUAUAGAAAAGAUAUGAUUGUUUCUUAAUUUUCAUAAAACAUGUUGAUGCUUGCAUGUUGUAUUGUGUUCAAAAAAUUAAGAUUAAAAAAGAUAUC